CUCAUUCAUAGCCUAUUAGAUUCUUAAGUAAAAAGGUAUCAACACUUGAAAAUUUAAUUCCUUUGAAGUAUCUUUCUCUUCAAAGCCUACAAAAAGCUAACUAAUUUGGAUUUGAGUAUGGUCAAACCUCAAUUAGGGAGAAAGCUCUCUUACUAGAAAUCACCAUAAAUUAAGGAGGAAUGGGUGGUUUUGAAAAUUUAACCGACAAACAGACAAAUCCAUCAAUUAGUAAUUUGGUAUCCAUCCCUAACCCCUUUCUCUCUUCUCAUUGAACCUCUCAACAAACUCUUACUCCUAUAAAGCCACGCUUUCUUUUCUCUCUCUCUCCUCAAACCAAACAUGGCAGCGCCAAUCUCAAUCUGCAUCUCUUUAGCUCUGCUACUCACUAUUUGUUCUGCCUUGGGAGCUUCUAAUAAUCAUAAUCAUAUUCACAGGGGAGGGCUGAUUCCAAAUGGAAACUUUGAAGAGCCACCAAAGCAAGUGAAGAAUACCAAAAUCAUAGGGAAAUUCUCCCUGCCCAAAUGGGAAAUCAACGGACUUGUCGAGUACAUCCACGGCGGGCCUCAGCCGGGAGGAAUGUACUUUGCCGUUGCCCAUGGUGUACACGCUGUGAGACUCGGGAACGAGGCCUCUAUCACGCAGUCUGUACCUGUGAAACCAGGGUCAUUCUACGCACUGACCUUUGGGGCCUUUAGGACUUGCGCCCAAGAGGAGGUCCUAAGGGUCAGUGUCCCUCCUUUUAAGGGUGACUUGCCCAUUCAAACACUCUACAGUACUGAUGGAGGUGAUACUCAUGCUUUUGGAUUCAAGGCCAUUUCUAAGGUUGCUAAGAUCACUUUCCAUAAUCCUGGGGUGCAAGAAGAUCCUGCUUGUGGCCCUCUAAUUGAUGCUAUUGCUCUCAAGGAGCUUUUGCCUGUAUACCCUUCAAAAGGGAACCUCAUAAGGAAUGGUGGUUUUGAAGAGGGCCCUUACCGGUUGCUCAACACAUCGAAUGGUAUCCUUCUCCCCCCAAGACAAGAAGAUAUCAACUCCCCGCUCCCUGGAUGGAUUAUUGAAUCUCUCAAGGCAGUUAAGUUCAUUGACAAAAGGCACUUCAAUGUUCCAUUUGGCCGUGCAGCCAUUGAGCUCGUAGCUGGAAGGGAAAGUGCCAUUGCGCAAGUUAUCUGCACAGUUCCCAACAAGAUGUACAACCUCACUUUUACAAUCGGAGAUGCCAAGAAUGGGUGUAAAGGAUCAAUGUUGGUGGAAGCAUUUGCUGGGAAAGAUACCCUAAAAGCACCCUUCCUUUCCCAGGGGCUUGGGAGAUUCCAAACAGUCAGUAUGAAAUUCAAGGCAAUUUCAGACAGGACUAGGAUUACUUUCUACAGCUCUUACUAUCACAGCAGGGCUGAUGGGUUUGGGAUACUUUGUGGUCCAGUUCUGGACGAAGUUAGGGUUUUCCCUACUUCUUAGAUGGUAGGAGUACAUUUAUGUUAUCCCUUCUGCCACCCUUGUAUAACUUUUGGAGUCUCAAGUAGUUCAAUACUAUGUCUUAUGUUAGGGAUUUGGGAAUGUUAUGCCACUCCAAUAUUUCUAGGGAUGCAUUACAGGAUGUAAGCAAAAUAGUAGUGUAACAAAGGGCGACUGUUAUUUGCUCUGCUUCUGUUGUUAUGUAGUGUGAGAAUCUCACGAGUUUUUAGCAACAAAGCAAUAAUACUCCCCUUACUAUUCUCUUCA